UAUACCCAUAUAUCUUCUCUACAAAUCCCAAACCAUUCUCCUCUUUUCUCUUACGUGCAUUGUUUCUUCAUCUCCAAAUCAUACCAAGAAAAAUGAAGUUUCUGAUGAGGCUGUUAUUUGUGGUGGCAUUGUUUGCAUCGCUCUCAGCAGCGUCGAAAAUGGAAGAUUUAGAUCUGACAUGGGUUCGGGGGAGGGGAGGGCGGGGGUUGUGGCCUUACAGGUUCAGGCCGUACGGGCAGGCAGCGAUGACAUGCGAUAGGAACAUAAAGGUGUGUCGGGUAAAGGGUAGCGGGGGGCGCAGCUGCUGCGGGAAAAAGUGCGUGGAUUUGAAGGGGGACAGAUACAACUGCGGGAGGUGCGGGAAAAAGUGCAAGUACUCGGAGAUUUGCUGCAAAGGGAAGUGUGUGAAUGCUAUGUUCAAUAGAAAGCAUUGUGGAGGGUGCAAUAAUAAGUGCAGUAGAGGCAGCUUCUGCGUCUAUGGGAUGUGUGGCUACGCCUAAAUAAUCAUACCCCGGGAAUAUAUCCCAAUCACCACUCUCCAACCUCUCAUUGUUUUGAUUAUUAUUCGUUUUCUUUGUUUAAUGAAGGGGGAGUAAAAAUUAAGCUCCUUCCAAAUAUAUCGUUACUUCAACAUUAGUUGAUUAAUUCAAUUCAUAUAUGUAUUGAUAAAUGUCAUGUAUGUGCCCAUGAAAUAGAUUUUCUUUUUCAUUUC